AUGCAAGCCUCAAACAAACACUCUCAACUCCCUCAAACUCACUCUCAAACUCUCACCUCUCUGUCUCAUCGCCACCGACCUAACUCGAUCCUUAAUGUCACCGGCACACCGAAGCUCGACAUCACCAACCCACCAGUUGACCCAUUUCAUCGCACUCCCAAGCCGACCCAAGCCCCAAGCCCCAAGCCGCCGAUCCAUGCCUCAGACCCAUGCCUCCGAUCCGCUGCCGAUCCCCGCCUCUGACCCAUCUCGGCCUUCUCUAAUGCUCUCAACUCUCUCAAACUCUCACCUCUCUAUCCCACCGCCACCGCCACCGCCACCGCCGAUCCACGCCUUCAACCUGACUCACCUUCAAGGGAGUUUACAUUUUGAAACGCUCCAAAAGAUCAUAAAAACGUGCAUAAUUCUCCAUAACAUGAUUGUUGAAGAUGAGUGGGAUGAUAAUGAAAUGGUAGACUUGGAUUAUGAACAAAUUGAUGGAGUGGAUAAUCCUCUUAUGCAAGUGUCACGUGAACAAAGUGAUGGAUUUAUGGCAUACAUUGAGAGUUAUGAAUGCAUUAGAGACCGAGAAAUUCAUUCUCAACUCCAGUUGGACCUCAUUGAACAUUUAUGGCAAUUGCAAAGCGAGUUGCAAGAACUCCCUUUUUUAUAUGUUAAGAAGCAUGAGUCAUAGGAACUUGUGCAAGUGUAUGAGUUUUAUUGUAAUUUGGCUUAAGUUAUGUAUGUGAGUAAUCUAUGGACUACAUUGUUCUAGCUAUAAUAUGUGUUCUAUUUUA